AAAAGGUUCUUAGAAGGGUUUUCUUAUGGGGAGAGUCCUUUUAGAUUAUAGAUCACACUUUUUUUAAGAGUGUAGGAUAAAGCUAAGUGUGCGAGCAUUAUUGUCUGGCAUUUAUUAUGGCACAGAAUACAAGCUAAAUGGAAAAGUGCAUAAUAUUGUGGAAUAGAAUUCCCCCUCUGGUUAGGGCAUAUCGGAAAUUGAAACUGAAACUAAAACGUAGCCUCUGAAAACAACUGAAAAAGUUAUUUCAGAGGAAAGGAUCUUCACGAAUUCGGGGACUUGCCAUCUCUCACCUUUUAAUUCAUAGGUUAUAGAUUAAAACACAUUUUAGACUAUAAAAAUGAUGCUUAGAACGUGCGCGUUCGCUGUGGCUGUAGGUCUAUGCAUUGACAUAACCACAUUUUGCGCACCGGGUUUUGGCGAAUCUAUUUCCAAAACUGGACCAAUAACAUUUGCUACUUUCGGAAAUGUGGUACGUCUAUGGGUUGUAUCGGGGAUUCGAUUAGUUCUACUACUCGGUUUAUCGCUACUCACACUAGGAUCGAUAAAACCCGUAUUCAAGCGUUGGUUAGCGGUGCACUGUUUCCUUGCCCCGGUCUAUGACACAGGGCGACUGAUGCUGUAUGGAGGUUCACCGGAGAGCGCGUGUGGAUCGUUGGGGGGUCCAAGUUUGUGGCCAUUGUGUACCGCGGCAGCAGCUGCAGCAGCCUUAUUUUGGGAGACAACCUUCCCUGACAGCAAUGGAGAAAGCAACGGGAAACAGAAGACGCAGAAGGCACGAGUGCUGUUCAUGAGAGUCCUCAUCUUCUACAGACCUGACAUCCUCCUUUUGGUUGGGGCGUUUAUAUUCCUGUCACUGGCUGUCCUUUGUGAGAUGUUCAUCCCAUUCUACACUGGAAAGGUGAUUGACAUCUUGGGUACCCAGUACAAGUGGAAUAACUUUCUCACAGCUAUCAUCCUUAUGGGGCUUUACUCUUUGGGAAGCUCUUUCAGUGCUGGCUGUCGUGGUGGCCUCUUCAUGUGUGCCAUCAACAGCUUCACCUGCAGAAUGAAAGUGAAGCUGUUUGGGGCCCUGGUGAAGCAGGAGAUUGGCUUCUUUGAGACCAUCAAGACAGGUGACAUCACGUCCAGGCUGUCCACAGACACAACCCUGAUGGCCCGGGCGGUGGCCCUAAAUGUCAAUGUCCUCCUGAGGACCCUCAUUAAGACCGUGGGUAUGCUGUCGCUCAUGAUGAGCCUGUCCUGGAAGCUCACUCUGCUCAUGCUGAUGGAGACGCCCGUCACCGGCCUGUUGCAAAGUGUCCAUGACAACUAUUACCUGAGGCUCUCUAAGGAGGUGCAGGACUCUAUAGCCAGGGCGAACGAGGCAGCGGGGGAAACAGUUGGCGGAAUCCGGACCGUACGAAGCUUCAAAACUGAGCAGCAUGAGGCUGGUCGCUAUAACGACAGGUUGAUGGACACCCACAAUCUCAAGACCAGGCGGGACACCGUCAUGGCAGUCUACCUGCUCCUGAGAAGACUAACAGCGCUGGUGAUGCAGGUGGCCAUGCUGUACUAUGGCAGACUGUUUAUUCAGCGAGGUCAGAUGAGCACUGGCAACCUGGUCUCUUUCAUCCUCUACCAGUCUGAUCUGGCAGACAAUAUCAGGACUUUGAUUUACAUUUUUGGCGACAUGCUGAAUUCAGUGGGGGCAGCUGGUAAGGUGUUUGAGUACCUGGACAGAGAGCCCCAGGUCAGCACCAAGGGGACACUCCAACCAGAGACUUUGACUGGACACGUCCAGUUCCACAACCUCUCCUUCUCCUACCCCACCCGCCAGGAACGCAAAGUACUGCAGGGCUUCUCUCUGGAGCUGAGGCCGGGUCAGCUGACUGCUCUGGUGGGGCCGUCAGGAGGGGGGAAGAGCACCUGUGUCAGUCUGCUGGAGAGGUUCUACCAGCCUCAGCAGGGAGAGAUCCUAUUAGACGGACUGCCACUGCAGAGCUACCAGCACCACUACCUACACAGGAAGAUAGCCAUGGUAGGCCAGGAGCCUGUUCUGUUCUCUGGGUCCGUCAAGGACAACAUUGCCUACGGCCUGGCAGACUGCUCUAUGGACAGGGUACAGGAAGCUGCUCGCAGAGCCAACGCCCACAGCUUCAUCAGCCAACUGGAGAAGGGUUACGACACAGAUGUAGGAGAGCGGGGUGGUCAGCUGUCCGGCGGUGAGAAGCAGCGUAUCGCCAUCGCCAGAGCUCUGAUCAGAGAACCACAGGUCCUCAUCCUGGACGAGGUCACCAGCGCACUGGACACGGAGAGCGAACACAUGGUCCAGGAGGCCCUGGCUAGCUGCCCCUCCCAGACCCUGCUGGUGAUCGCUCACAGGCUGAAGACCAUUGAGAGGGCAGAUCAGAUCAUUCUGAUUGACCAGGGGACUGUACAGGAGCAGGGCACUCACCAGGAGUUGAUGGACAGGAAGGGGAGCUACUACAAACUAAGAGAGAGACUGUUCACCGAAGACGACGUGCCACAUUGACAAAAUAAUGCUACUGUUUGAACUGUAAAUAGUGAUGUCAUUUUCUCACUCUGACCAAUACUCACUACCUCCUAAUAUACUGUAAACCACAUGUACAGUACAUCAAAUUUAUGUAAAUAUUGAAUAUAGUUAGAUUUAGGGGUUUCUUAAGAGAUGGACACUUCUGUUGGUGCCAUUUUGUUAUCUUGUAUGAGUGGUUUUGAUUUUAUUUUAUUGUAUUGUAUUCUUCUAUUCUAUUUCUUAAUGUUUGAAUAAUGCAUAGAGGGACAGUGAGUGACCCAUGUUAUAAAAAGGUUUAUGAUGUUCUGGAGCAAAAGUCUAUUACGUUGCCUACCCAAGAGAAUAAAUCAUCUAUUAAACAUUUAAA